UAAUUUUCUUAAAGAAUCAAAUGUCAACUUCACUACUACAACUACAAAUUCAGCAUUACAAUUCACUACUACCACCACAGCGUCGACAGCGACAACCACAACAGCAACAAAUCCCCUGACGAAUUCACUUAUUCAUUCAGCUCAAUUUCCUGGCAGACGAUAUCAACAAACGGAUCAACGUUUACGUCGUGUAUCAAUGACUAACAACAACAAUAGCAACGGCAACAGUAAUAAUUCAUCGCCACAAUGGACAAAUCCUAGUGUGGUAACAUCUGGAGUUCCCUCCACUACUACCUGUACGACGACUACCUGUACUACUACUACUAAUGCGACUACUCCCAAUGUGACCACGAGUAGUAGUAAUUAUUCGUCAUCAUUACUAGACACUGUACAUACACCAUUUUUUGCUUGGUCAUGUCGUUGGUUCACUCGUCCACUUCUAUCGAAAUAUGGCCAAUUGAAUAACAAUAAUAGUAAUAACAGUAAUAAUAAUAAUAAUAAUAAUAAUAAUAAUAAUAAUAAUAACGAUUAUUCAUUGAAAAAUCAAAUUCAUUCAACAAAAUCUUUUGAUCAUGAAUCCGUUUCAUUGGGCACAAUCUCAGUGGAUCCAACAGCAGUAGCUUACACAGAUCGUGUAAAUCGUUUGAAAAGACAGCGGAAAAUUUCACGUUUAGGACGUUUACAAUGGGAACGUAUUGCUACUGGUCAUACUACUACUAAUACUACUGCUACUACUACUCCUACUUCUGCUACUACAACACCACCGACAAUUAAUCGAAAUAAUUCUAUUCAUCAUCAAACUACUACUACUACUACUACUACUACUACUACUACUACUAAUACCACUCUUACUACUGCUACUACUAACUAUGAUAUAAGUAGUAUAGUUAGUAGCAUGAGUAAAAGUCGUAUCAGUCUACGCAGUAAUCAUGACAAUGAUGAUAGUAGUAGUAAUAAUGUAAAUGCUUCUUGUACCUUGAAUCCUGUGGCAUUUUAUAAUCAUACUACUAACAGUAAUAAUAAAAAUAAUAGUAGUAUUGUCAACAAUAAUCUGAAUAAAAUUAAACAACCGCCGCCGUUGUAUUCUUAUUCUACAUCAAGUCAAAUUAAAUUUCAUCCAUAUCAGUCGCAUUUAGUAAUGAUUAAUUCACAACGUCAUGGUGUAACAAUACAUUCAACGAAAAAUUUAAAACUUUUAAAUACUAUAUCACAUCGAUUUAAUGAAAAAUCAUCACUGUUCCCAGAUUUUCCAAUUACUUUAGAUGG